AUGUGUUUUACAAUAACGUUUAUUUUAACCGCAAUUAAUGGUUUGUUUUAUAAAUAUGAUCGUUCACAAAAAUUUUUGGUUUUGCCUGACUCCUCAACUGAUAAGAAUGAACUAAAGGAUAAAACAUAUAAAAAUGAAAUUAGUAAAAUAAACACAAGGGUGAUUAAUAUCAUAUCUAAUUUUUCAAAAAGCUUUUUUCAAGAUUCUCCAUGGCUAUAUCCCUUUAAAGGCAUAAGCAAUUUUUUACAAUUUAAAGAAAAAUAUCUUAGAACCGUGCUAGGUCGUUUUUUUUUAUAUCUGUGUAAUUUCUCCUUCAUAUUGGUCCUAUAUUGGCUCACAAUCACACCUAUAUAUUUGACAAUGUUUCUCAUAUUAGGUCCAUUCGGCGUCUGGUUAGUUCUGUUUCAUUCCAUUUUACAUGCAAACUGUCUGACUAUGCUUUCCAGUAGAUUAAUGUAUCCAAAUGCUUCUUUGAUAUUCAAGUGUUUACGUGUUCACAACUAUACAAAAGUCAAGAUUGGUAAUAUUGCAACAAUCAGAUAUUACGUACCCAUAACAACAAAAUAUUUUUGGGUCUACUAUCUCCCCAAAAAAAUCAUUAAAUAUUUGUUUUAUUUCACUAUUUUCCUGUUUCAAAUAUUCCUUUCAUUUAUACCAAUUGUGGGGCCUUUCCUUUUCCAUUUGACUAUGGCACCAUAUAUUGGCAGAAUCUAUUUAACAAAAAUAUUAAGAUUACAAAAACUAAAUAAUUUACAAAGAAAAGAAUACUUCUAUACCUAUUUGGGCAUGUUUGCAUCUUUUGGUGUCACUGCUGGUUUGUUGGAGACAAUCCCACUUCUUUCUGGGAUUUGCCUAUCCACUAACUAUAUUGCAACAUCUUUGUGGUUGAUGGAUAAUGAAAAGUAA